AGAGAGGCUGCCAUCACCAUGGGACGAAGAAGAAGCCUGCUGUUGAUCUGUUUCCUUGUUUUUAUCCUCUUAAAAGAGGUGUCUGGGUUCAAGAUUCAGAACAAGCUGCUGGGUAAAUGCCUGCAGGUAGAGGAAGGAACUACAGGAGGAAGAGUGUCGUUAGGAGAAUGUGGCUCAAACUCACACGUGCAGGAGUGGCACUGGCUGUCAGAGGGCCGUAUCAGGAGUCAACACACUGGAGAGUGUCUGACUGCGCCGAGUCAGGAGUAUGAAGGUGUCCUCCUGCAGCCCUGCGUCCUCAGAGGAGCUGCUGCAGACGUAGGAGGAGAGGCAAGCAGCCAGGAUUGGGCCUGCUCAAAGAAAGGCCACAUCACUUUGAUGGGAAAAGGGCUGCACCUUAGUGCUGCUAAAGAAUCCUCAUUAGUCUUUGUGUUGAAGGAACAUAAACAGGGCGGCAGGUGGCGAACACUGGAUAACCAGACGUUGUGCGAUGACAGAGACAGCAAAGAAAAUCUAAAUCAGCUCCAUCACCAGCAGGAGGAAUUGGAACAGAGGGUUUCUCCAAGUCAUAUCUCUGAUCUGAAUACUCAUGCAGAAACUUUUGAAGGCAUUGUGGGUUCUAUUGGUGCAGAAGUAUAUUCUUUAAAAGAUGGACUGAAUCCAAACUUUGUUAGCACCAAAUCCCCUGCAGAUCCAACCAUGGUGUUUUUCAGUUUGGACUAUGGAAUGGGCUGGAAGAUAACCAUGCUGGUGCUAAGCUCUUUGGCUUUGGUCCUAGGAACUGCAAUUUUAAUCCUUAGUGUCUACUCUAACAGAAGGAAGAAAGUUCUUUGUGUUUUGAAGUCGUACACUCCACGCCCAGAGAUGAGUGUUCCUGGAUCCCCCGCGCCUGGUGAACGAGUCCCGCUGACCCAGCAUGCCAUGCAAUUUCCUCACUCCUCUCCGAGCUUAUAUCGAGGAGAGAUCCUGAUCGAGUGGAAGGACGGCACCGUUACUCCCCUGUACGAGGCCUGAGGCCAUGAAACCGCCAGCACUGACUUGGACAGGAUUGGUUUUGUGUGUGUCUGUGUGUGCGCACACUGGCAUUUUGUGUAAGGCCAUGUCUGUUAUCCUGGGUGUGUGUGUGUGUGUGUGUGUGUAGGGGGGGUAAUAAUAAUAAGACUAACAGCACUCAAUGCAGGAUUAGGGUUUCUGUUAUUGUUGGCAAAAGUUUAACUCUGUGCUUUAGGCCGUUUCAUAAAGAUGAAAGUUUGUGGAUCAGAUGUGCCUUAAAGGUUUUAGAUGCCAAAAGGGAAAAAAAAAUUGAAAUAAAAAAGAAGCAUGGUGUAGUCGUCAGAAUAAAAACAACACUUUGAAGGGGACUGGGUUGGGAUGUUUACAUGUUUAACAGAAACAUUUUAAACUUAGUCUAAAUGUACCAGAUAACUUGAAUUCAAUUAACUCCAGUGUGUUGGCUUUAAUAGUCACUUGUAUAUGAUUGUUAAAUUGUUUAACAGGUCUUGCCCACGUGAAAGGAAUAUACUGUACAUCCACAGAGUUAUUUCAACUGGAUUCCACUUAAUGACCAAUCAAUCCUUUUUUUGUUCUAUUUUAUAUAUUUUAGCCAUUUUUAAGAAUUGUUAACCCUUAAAUAAGUAACACAAAACACAGUCACAUCUGGAAUAGUUUAAAUAAUACAUGUUUGUUGCUUAAAUGAGUAAUUGUAUUGAUGACUAGAAGGUCACUAACUUCAAUUAAUCAGUUUUCUUCAAUGAUUGGUUACAUCUGUUCUUCUAGUUUUGUUUUUGUCUCCAACCAACAUACAAAUAUGACAUUUUACAAUCUCCUUUCACUCAGUUCAAGAAUGGUUUUCAAUAAACCUUACAAUUUUUGCAACAUUUAGCCUCUCUUGAUGUUUCUCUUUUUAAUAUAUACAGUUGAGCUGUAUCUCCCUACUCUGUCUCUGCACACAAAAAAGCAUUAAAAUAUUGUUUUCUGGUUGACUGUUUGCUUUUGUCUUGAUUGUUUGUAGAGGUCAGCAACAACAUUGUCAUUGGGCAUUUUACUUGCUAUGUUUCCUUGCUGAGUCAGAUCUAAUGCUGGGUACCAACCAAGACCUGAGCCUGUGGGUACACGAUUGUUGGUCAGCAAUAUGUAACUAUUCAAUUUCACUUAACUUGUAAAUAUACAUUAGAUAGUAUGAUAUUCUGAUUGUAAAACCUACACAUGUACUCAUGGCACAGUUUUAAAUGGCAGCUGAAGAUAAAGGCAUGUCGCAAAUAUUGGAAAUUAAUGCACAAAUACCAUUAACCCAUUGCACUUCAUUGCUUUUCAUGCAUCAGGGUUGAUUUUCAAUUCUGUUUGUUUUAUUUAUUAUUUAUUAACCUUUAUUUACCCAGGACAAAACCCACUGAGAUUACAGAUCUCUUGUGCGAGGGAGGCCUGGGCCUGAAGGCAGCCUGUGUUUACGCAAGCACAAGUACAUACAAACUCUGCACAGAAAAAUCCCAGGUCCAAACUGGGGUUGAAUUUUUUUUAUCUCAAUAUCUCAAUGAUCUUCUGCACUUUCACUCCAGCAAACCAACUAGCGUUAAAAGUCUCCAAAACAUGGCACCUUAUGUCUAUCCUAAGGCUUGAAAUGUUUACAACUUUUAAACUGCACAGCAUUUUAUUAAUUUUUAAUAAGGUAGGUUUUAUAAUUCCUUAUUUGGCACUUAUUAUUAUGAUGGUUUUGCCUAGCUGUAUGUUUGUGUUUCAUCUGCUCAGCCCUUUGAUCAACCUAUGCAAAGGCUUUGGAUGUAAAGUUUGAGUUGACAUGAGGAAUAAAUUGAAGUGGGGCGGGGUACACUGUUGCUUGUGGUA